AUGGCAACGGUUACUCAGCUCAUCACUCCGCCGGAAUCUUCCCGCGCCUAUCGUCCGAAGACCUCCGAAGCACUCCAGGAGAAGAAAUCCGUGUACGUGAACUACGACAGAGGGGAGCACGAGGUCUCUGUCCGGGUCAGCGGGUUCAGGAAAGCGGAUAUCGCGAGACGCUACCGGGUUCGGGUUGAGAACGACCGGUUUCAGAAGGAUUGGAGUGUGACGGAGGUCGUGAACCGGCUUAUGGCUCUCAAUCGUUGGGAAGGAGUUGAUGUGGUUCUCAAUUGUUGGGUUGGCCGGUUCGCUCGGAAGAAUUUUCCAAUUCUUAUCAGUGAGCUGAGUAGAAGAGGAUGCAUUGAGCUUUGUGUGAAUGUUUUCAAUUGGAUGAAGAAUCAGAAGAAUUACUGUGCGAGGAAUGAUAUCUACAAUAUGAUGAUUAGGCUCCAUGCUAGGUGUAACAGAGUUGAUCAAGCUCGUGGUCUCUUCUUUGAGAUGCAAAAAUGGAGUUGUAAACCGGAUGCUGAGACGUACAAUGCUCUUAUCAAUGCUCAUGGUCGAGCUGGUCACUGGCGCUGGGCUAUGAAUCUUAUGGAUGACAUGUUACGUGCAUCUAUUGCUCCUAGUCGUUCAACCUACAAUAAUCUGAUCAAUGCUUGCGGGUCCAGUGGAAACUGGAGAGAGGCUUUGGAAGUAUGCAAGAAAAUGACAGAUAACGGAGUUGGACCAGAUUUAGUGACUCACAACAUCGUCUUGUCUGCAUACAAGAGUGGUCGUCAGUAUUCCAAAGCGUUAUCUUAUUUUGAGCUCAUGAAGGGAGCUAAAGUUCGUCCAGAUACCACCACUUUUAACAUCAUCAUCUAUUGCCUAUCAAAGCUUGGUCAAAGCAGCCAAGCCCUCGAUGUUUUCAACUCAAUGCGGGAAAAGAGAUCUGAGUGCCGGCCUGAUGUAGUGACGUUUACUAGCAUCAUGCAUUUAUACUCUGUCAGGGGAGAGAUUGAACACUGCAGAGCCGUGUUCGAGGCCAUGCUUGCAGAAGGUCUAAAGCCUAAUAUUGUUUCUUAUAAUGCCUUGAUGGGUGCAUAUGCUGUUCAUGGAAUGAGUGAAAACGCUCUCUCGGUUUUUCAAGAAAUUAAGCGGAAUGGUAUACUCCCUGAUGUUGUCUCCUAUACAUGCUUACUCAAUUCUUAUGGAAGAUCACGUCAGCCUGGAAAGGCUAAGGAGGUGUUUCUCAUGAUGAGGAAGGACAGGAGAAAGCCUAAUGUUGUUACUUACAAUGCACUGAUCGAUGCUUAUGGGUCUAAUGGACUUCUAGCUGAAGCUGUGGGAAUCUUCAGACAGAUGGAGCAAGACGGCUUUAAGCCAAAUGUUGUUUCAGUAUGCACUCUUUUGGCUGCUUGUAGUAGGUCCGGGAAAAAGGUGAAUGUUGAAACGGUACUCUCUGCAGCAGAGACGAGAGGUAUCAAGCUCAAUACUGCAGCGUAUAACUCAGCUAUUGGAAGCUUCAUAAACGGUGCAGAACUUGAGAAGGCCAUUGCAUUGUAUCAGACUAUGAAAAGAAAGAAAGUCAAAGCUGAUUCUGUUACUUUCACCAUCCUUAUAAGUGGUUCAUGUAGGAUGUCGAAAUACCCUGAAGCAGUUAGUUACUUGAAGGAUAUGGAAGAUUUAGGUAUUCCAAUGACGAAGGAGGUGUACUCUUCUGUUCUAUGUGCUUACAGCAAACAGGGCCAAGUUACAGAAGCAGAAUCCAUAUUCAACCAGAUGAAGAUGGCUGGGUGCGAACCUGAUGUGAUUGCGUACACUUCAAUGCUCCAUGCUUACAACGCUUCAGAAAAGUGGGAGAAAGCUUGUGAACUCUUCCUGGAGAUGGAAGCAAAUGGAGUGGAUCCAGACUCUAUUGCAUGUUCAGCUUUGAUGAGAGCUUUCAACAAGGGAGGUCAACCGUCAAAUGUCUUCAUCCUAAUGGAUUUGAUGCGGGAAAAGGAAGUUCCCUUCACUGGAGCAGUUUUCUUUGAGAUCUUUUCGGCUUGUAACACCUUGCAGGAAUGGAAAAGAGCGACAGACCUCAUCCAAAUGAUGGAACCGUACCUGCCAUCACUUUCUAUCGGCUUAACUAAUCAGAUGCUGCAUCUUUUCGGGAAGAGUGGUAAAGUCGAAGCUAUGAUGAAGCUGUUCUAUAAGAUCAUAGCAUCUGGUGUUGAAAUCAACCUCAAGACUUAUGCAGUAUUGUUAGAACAUCUUCUAGCCGUUGGAAACUGGAGAAAAUACAUUGAGGUUUUGGAAUGGAUGAGUGAUGCUGGUAUUCAACCUUCAACACAAAUGUAUCGUGACAUCAUUUCAUUUGGUGAAAGGAGUGCAGGGAUCGAGUUCGAGCCCCUAAUACGUCAAAAAUUAGAAUCACUGAGAAACAAAGGAGCUGGUGGUGAUGUGAGUAAAAGCUCAUAGACACAAAGGCACAUUGUAAGUUCCCAAUUGUAUAUAGAUUAUGAUGUUCUGUAAACCUGUGUAAUCUUCUUUCUGUCCAUUAAAAUCAAAAUCAUUUGAAAUUUUGAACUACGAUUUAAUAUAAUGGAGAGAUUCGAUGUGUAAAAAGACAUUGC